GGAGCUCUGCAAAGUGCUAGUUACGGAGCUAAUUUUCGGGCGGAAGCAACUAACCGGCGGUGGCUGCAAACCUGUGCAAACGGUGCUCGAGUACAAGGAGCGUCUGGAGAAGGCUGUCAGCGGCGUUGAAGUGAAGAAGCAAGGCAGGUGGAACUAUAACCAUCAAGUAUUAUUAAUAGCUUGUAGUAGCUAGUCGCGCAUACAAUGGGCAAGAAGUCCAAGCUGAAUGUGUCAGUAAAGAAGGAGAGGAAAGACGUGGUCGUUCAGCCCGUCAAAGUAAAGCCGAACGAGCCUGAACCUGAGUCUGAGCCAGAGUCUGAACACUCACCACAGGCAGAGGGAAAUUCCUUAGAAGUUUUUCUUUGGCUGCUGGCCUACAGUGCGCUAAUGUUCUCGCUGCCCUUCCUCGGUUUCUACGGAGUGCGUAGUUGGCUGGAGGAAUCUUACCCACAACUCAGUACAUUCGAGAUUAAUUGCUACUCUGUACUGACAGCUGUUCUGGUUGUCAACUUAAUUGUAGCCAUGUAUGUGGUGAAGGCUUUUCGCGAGAAGGAACCGGGGUCGGGAGAACAUCGAUUGGCUGUUGCCGAUGGGCAGAAGAAAGACCAAUAGCUAUGUUGGCUUUGAGUUAUGCAUUAAUGCAAUAAAAUUCAGUUUUAUAAAGUACUCACGAA